AUGGCGGUAGACAUGGACACGGCUCGGGAAUGGCUCACAUGGAGCUUCAGCCCGACCAUCGGAGCCAUGGUCUUCACAUUGCUGCUGUCGCUGUCGCUGCCCAUUCUCUUCCACUUGUUCCUGUACCGCCAGCGCGCCGCCGUCGUUGUACCAUCCUUCGUCCUGCUCGGUCCUAGUGGUGCCGGCAAGACAACUCUCCUUACUCUGCGCGGCACACCGACUGCUACUCACACAUCGCAAGCUCCCCAAACCGUCACAUGCACCCUCCCUACUGGCAUCACUGUCGAGUCUCACAAAUAUCGCGCUUCCGACGACCCUUCGACCAAGAAAGAGCGUCAGAUCGAAGUGACUGACACUCCUGGCCAUGGCAAGCUGCGCCAGCACGCCUACGACACCAUUACUGCCGCUGCCUCUCUUAAAGGCCUGAUCUUUGUUGUUGACGCGGCCGCUCUGUCCAGCCCUCAAGGCCUUUCCGAGGCUGCUACUUACCUUCACGAUACAUUACUCGUUCUGCAAAAGAGGCACACUGGAGCGAAGAGCAGCAAGGGCCCCGCCGGAAUUCCUGUUUUGAUCGCAGCCAACAAGCUGGAUCUAUUUACUGCACUACCCGCUCAACUGGUCAAGAAGCGCUUGGAAGACGAAAUCACAAAAAUUCGAUCAACCAGGGCAAAGGGACUGCUCGACAGCGCGGUCGACAUUGAAGGAGACGAUGAGGACAGGGAAUGGCUGGGUGAAGGCGGUGAGGGCGACUUUAACUUUGGACAGAUGAAAGAGGCCGAGAUUGAAGUCAGCGUGCUCGGAGGCAACGCCAGCGCAAAGGGCGACGAAAAGACCCAAGUGGAUGCGUGGUGGACGUGGAUUGCGCAGCAGAUGUAA